AUGAAAGCAUCAAAGCUUUCAAGCAAGUUACUCAUUAGAACAGCAUUGAAAAUAGGAAAAGUUGAACUAAAUAAGUUAAUAAAUGAAAGGACUCACAUAGUGAUUCUAGAAAAAGCUUUGAAAAUAGAAGAUAAAUUAGGAGGAGAGGUUUUAUUUUCACAUUUUGAAAUUCAACAAAAUAUUGGCCAAUUAGAAAAUCUAAACUCAUAUAAAAGCUACUUUGAU